CAACCUACCUACAUUAAUAUAUAUCACCACGAGACAAUAGUUCUCACAGGGAGUUAAUUAACACUCAAAAUCUAUAGCUUCUUCUCAUGGAUGCAUUUCCUCAAACACUUGACAGACGCACUAAUUGCCUUACCUUGAUCCAUAUCCAGCAAUCUGCGCAGGAGGAAAGCGAGCACCACGGCCGGCAUCUUGACGCUGCCCGACUUCUGGUCCCUCUCCGAGGUUCUUCCAGCUGCGAGUCGUGCGGCGGCGCCGUAGCAGAGGUCGGCGGCCACAACGGUCGGGAUGCACCGAGGUAAGGAUGGCACGCGGCGGCGGUAUGCCGGCGCAGGCGCGCCAUCGCGGGAGACGCCCUGGAGAUGUUCGAGGUGUAGGCCCUAGGCCUCCGACGAAGAGGUGGAGAGAUCAGAUCAGUGCGUCGCUAGUGGCUCCGGCGGUUGGACCACGGGCGCCGGCGCCGGCGCCGGCACCAGAUACGAGUCGAACUCGGAUUGCGUAAUUUCUACGCGGCGGCGCAUCGGGGGAUCUAUAUCAGGCGGGCUGCCGAGAUAGAUCGCAUUUUUCGUUCGAUCUCGCGAGCAAACCAUCUCCUCGAUAGAUCACGCGCGACCAUCUCCUGGCGACCUAACAACCCGGCGACGGCGACGGGGACGGCGAGCAAAGAAUCCGGCGAGUUCCCUCUUUUUCUCCUCCGAUCAUUUCAAUUUUAGCAUCGUAAUUGUUCUAUUACUUGUUUCGCUUGUGCAAUCACUUGGUCUUUUCUGUUCUUUGCUGUGUUCUUUGUUUCGCAGAGAUGACUAGCCAGGUCGCCGCGACUCUGCCGCCGUUGCUUCCUACCCCGGCGCACUGCCUCCUCCUCGCGCCUCCUCCGGCGGUGUACACGGCUCGUGUGGAGUUGGACAGCAAGAAGCAGCAGCCUGGACGUGCCUCGAUGAGCCGAAGUUGGAUCAGAGACAAGGUCGACCUUCCUGGGCGUGCUUCUGGGAGCUCCAGCUGGAUCACUGACAAGACCCUCCGCCGGGCCGAGACUUUGGACGGCGGCGUCGAGCGCCUCGGCCGCGUGGGGACGCCGAGGGAAAAGUGGAAGAGGCCGGCGAGCCGUGCGCCAUCCAUUGAUCGGUGUGAGAAGAAGCUGAGGCCUCCGACUGAGAUGCUGACACACUCGGAGGCAUCACUCAUCGCUGGCCCUGUGGCGUCGGUCGACUGGUCGGAGAAGAAGACGACGCCUCUGACAGACCGGUCCGAGCAGAAGCCGAAGCCCUUGGCUAAGAUGGAGGCAACCUCGGAGGCAUCAUUCUUCGCUGGCCCGACAUUCAUCCUGUCGCCAGACCCGAGCGAGCUGCCCAUGCCAACCUUCCUCUAUAAGCAAGCACAAGGCCACUAAAGUGUUAGCUAGAUUUGUGGCCCCGAUGCUCAUUGAUCAGCAAGAUCGAAGCCGUUUCCAGUAUGCAGCUAGCUCGACUACGCUCGAAUGGAUGUAUACAAGGUCGGUAGAGUAUCUUCAGUGUGUAGCUAGGUGAACUAUGCUGAUCAGCAAGGAGUUUGGAAGCUGUUUUCAGUAGUAUGUAGCUAGGUGGACUAUGCUGAUCAGCAAGAAGCUUGGAAGCUGUUUUCAGUAGUAUGUACUCCUUCCUUAAAUUAAUAUAAGAGCGUUUAGCUUA